AUGGUCAGAGCUUCGAACGAGGAGAUUGUCUCCAACCAGGAAUUACUUCAUGAAUUAUCCUGGAAGGUGGUUUUCACUGGAAUUCGAUGCGAUAGAGAUGGCAAACUAGGCAAAAAAUGGAGGAAAUGCCGCACUUGCCAUGCAAACCAUAACCUCCUUUCUCAAGUUGCACUAUUAAAAAGCUCUGUCAUUGGCAUCGCUGUGUCUAUCCUACGUGAAGAAACAGAUACCUAUAUUACUGGCUUCGACCUUCUGAGCGCAGAUCCCGAAAAGCCAAACGUAAUUCUUGGGUAUCGGCUACCAGGGGAAUCCGUGAUAAUCAAUCUCUACGGUGAGCAACUGAUAGGAUUUACGGUUAUUGAGGGCGAUGCUGGAAUCCAUGCAAUACGCCCAAUUUUCAAUGAGACUGCCACAAUCAUGACCAGCUGGAUAGGUUCACCAGAGGGUAGCGGGAUCUGCAAGUCUACGGAACUAGUCCUUGAGCGAGGCAUCAAAGCAAUUUCAGGAAGAUUCGAUGUAAUACAAACGAAGUUUACCGUCGACAAUUAG